GACGAGAUAGCGUCUGGAAAUAAUUUUUUUUUUUUUUUUUUUUUUUUUUUAAUUGAAACUUCAAGCGAUUAGAUGUGCUUGUUGAAAAAGAUAGAUAAAUUGAUAAAAAGAAAAAAAAGAAAAAAUUUGAGAUAUGUUCUUAGAAGCAACAUUACCAUGUACUUAUCUACUUUUAACUUGUGGUUCCUCCAUAUAUAUAUUGUACGACUAUUCCUAUAAUGAAUAUUCGAUGCUUCCAACACAUUUUAUAUUUGCAUUUAUUGGAUUCACAACAUUAGGAGUUCGACCUUUAUAUAAUUUAAUAUAUAAAUUAUUUUUCAAAUCUUACACUUUAAAUGUAACAUUGAUAGAGGCAGAAGAGAUGGAAAAUAAAAUGAAAGUUAAUAUUUUCGAUGAAUUUCUUAAAAACAUUAGUAAAACUUCUUUAAUAUGUUCCCUUUUUUUUCAUCAUGGAGAUUAUCUUCUUGGAUAUAAUGCAAUUGUUAAUUUUUUUUUAUGUAAUAUGCUACAUUUGAAGCACUUGAUAUUGGAAGAUCAGAAUGAAAAUUCAGUCAUUUCAUUGUCAUACAAAAGAAGUUUAUUUAAUGGAGUAUCUGAAUUAUUUGUAUUCCUUGAAUUAUUGACUACCGGUUAUGUUAUGUUGUUAAACGAUAAUCAUUAUGGUUUAUUAGCAAAUCUCUUCUAUGCAGUAACAAAUGUUUUAUUUCCAAGCGAAGGAUUUUAUCAAGAAUGGACCAUAAAUCAUGCAAUUAAUAAUUAUCUGACAAUGGUUUAUGUUAUUUUAAUGACAGAAGCACUUAAAAAAAUAUAAUAAUAAGAUUCAAUAUAUUGUAUUAAAAAUAUAUCUAAGUUGUUUACUAUG